AUGUUAUAUCCGUCACUGCGUUUCCGAGCUUUUCAGAUAUCAGAACGCAGUGCACUUUCCCCUCCAAGAUGCUUCUUCACGGUACGAUGCUCAACGCGCAACCAUGCGACCAACUCCCCUUGCGAGCUAGAGGACAACGAGAUCGAUCAUGGCACACAGGAACCCAAAGCAGGGUCAGGAAACCACGAGGCCGAAGGUCAAGGAAUAAGCGCCAACCAUGAUCUACUCUCAGAUCAGGACGAAACUGAACAUGCUACUGGGGAGUUGUGUCCCAUAGAAUCAUCCAUUACCUCCAAUCAGCCCAUCUUCCAUGCCACCUAUACACAAAAUGACCGGCAGACUCUCCGACUUCCAGAAUUACCCUCAGACUGGGACUCAAGGGACGAUCGUGGACAUCUUCUUAACCUGCGGCGGCGAAAUAUUUUGAGGGCCGCUUUCUUAGAAGCAGCCUCGAGUCGACUACACCGCAGAUCACAGAUCAUUUCUAGAUUAGCAAGGUCAGAGGCUAAGCUCAAGACUCUAGUCGAAUUGCUAUAUCCAUAUCGACGCCGACCCCCUAACUGGGACAGAAAUAUAUACGCACUUUUCCAUUUUCGGAAAUCGACCGUCCUCAAUGGCAGUCAUAUCCCAGGCCUUUCGAUAUCGCCUCUCGCAGCCGAUUGGUGUCAAGAUUUACUGCAGGAUGGCCACAUUAGCGAAGCAAGUGAGAUAGGUGAGGAGCUUCGAGCUCAGCAAGAAAGAGCUUGGGAGUUUUUGCCAGAUACCCACAUGGAUAGGCAUAUGCGUGAGGCUAGGAUAAGAUGGUCUCAGGUCCCGCAACGGCAGAAAAUGAUAAGGUGGCCGCACAUCAUGCUGAAGUGUCUGACUGUCUCAACUGAGCAGGCUUUACGAUUUCUGCUUGUGACAGAUAUCAAACCCUUCCCAACAUUCGAGAGCGUUAUGGAUGUCUUGCUCUACCUCAAAAGAGCUCGAGCACAUGAGAUUAAUGCAAACCCGGAAUUGGGUGAGCUAUACCAGCAAGUGUUGUCCCGACAACGACAGCCAACACGAUGGAUAUAUCAUAUCGAACGGAAACAUCUGGAUCUGUUGCUGGAAGACUGCUCUGCUGACCAGGGCAAAGACAUAUUCGAAAAGCUUCUAGACGCCAAUAUUUACCUGAGCUAUCACUGCAUGCUCAUUUUCAUGGACUUUUUCACCCGAAUUGGAGAAAUUGAUCUGGCCCUUAAAGCGCUCAAUGGCAUAGACCCCGAUGUACGCUUGCGAUCUGACCAGCGUCUCCUUUCGAGAUGCACAAACUUAUUAAAACUUGAUUCCAUAAGUUUUGAUGAGAAUUCGCCCAACUUCCGCAUUCUACCUCAGAUCCUUAAGGCUGGUGUCAAGACAAACCUUGUUCUCCACAACAUAGUCCUGAAAAAUGCUGUGAAUAUGGGAGCGUCCAUAGUUGCAUGGGACCUCUUUCAUUACCUUCGCGAUCAUGAUCUCCCAACCGAUGCUCGUACGUAUCUUGUUCUUAUGCAGGAUGCAUUGGCCCGUCAAGACGUAGAAGGACUUGAAGGACUGAUAACUGCAAUCUGGGCUCGCAAUGACCUGAUCGCCAAUCCUCAUCUGAUAGCAUUCACUCUUACCGUCAUCCGUGUACAGGGACAAGAAUCGAAACUGAGUCCAACUGUGGUGUUCUCCGACAUGCUGGCGCUCUACGGUCGCACCUUCAGUAGAGCCCCUCUAUUACAUCUCGAAAUGGUUAGCGGAAGUUCCCCAUCGGCUUUCAACCAGCAUCAAGUCGUACCUGAUAUGGAUACUCUCGCAUAUGUAGUGCAGUCGUACAUACUGGCACAGCAGUCUUCAACGGUUGUACAGUCGCUAUGGGACCGGACAGAACAACUGCAUUCAGAAGAGGACCAGCUUGCGCUCGGUCUGGCACAGUGUCUCCCUUUCUAUGAUGGAUUCAUAGCAUUCUUUGCUCGGAAAAUGCAAACCCUCCCUAAGUGUCUUCAGAUUGUGCAAUUAAUGCUUGACAGAAAGAUCUCGCCGUCUGCUACAACAUGGGGUAUUCUUGCUGUGGCUUUCACAAGAUACGGCCAGCUUGAAGCUGCAAGGGAAGUGGAUACGUUAAUGUACCGACAAGGUCUUCACCGUACAGAAAAAACUACUCGUUUGAUGAUGGAGCUUACUCCACAACCUGCUCGCCCAGAUUUCGUCAGCAUGGAUGAAGACUUCGGAAAACAGCCCGAAGGAACAUCUUUGGAUGUACGAUCACCAUCUACAGAUUUCGAGCAAGAGUCACAAUUUGAAGAAGAGGAUUUCAUAGACGCCACUGCAAGCAACAUGCCGCAAUUGCAGCGAGAGAGCCCAUCUCUUCCCAAUACUCUGAUUCGGCUUGAUUCCAUCAUUACAAGCAAUUCAGCUUAUGGUGAAACUUUUGUUGAUGGCAUUUUUGACCAUGCACAACUAACUCAGCGUGGGGAAGCGCCCAAUGACACUCAUGAUGCCACAACGGAGCCUGGUCUAGUAUUUGCUGGCUCAAGAUUUUGUUCGCCAGCGACGUCAGACUUCUUCUUUACUGGAGUGGAUUUUCGUUCAACAUACAACGCCAGCUUUGUUUGGUCAAGAUUGAAGGCUGCAAGAGACGAGGAGUAUGGGUGCUGGGAGAAGGCCAGGGAGAGAGAGGCUAGGGAGAGACAGGUAGGAUCGACACGUUGCGAGGUCAGAAACAGGCAGGGUGAGAGGAGUCAGGAUCAGGAGAUUGGGGAAAUUGAAAGCGGGGGUAGAGUGGAGGAAAGGGCGCAGAGCCUCACGCCACAAGAAGAGGAGACACAAGCGCAGCAGAUUCAGGAGCAAGUAACCGAAGCUGGGUCAAAUCAAGAGCCCGCUAAAAAAGAUGCAAGGCACGAAAGAAUCGACGAUCAAAAGCCGGCGACUAUAAACAAACAGAUAAAGAAGAGCGAACGCAAAGAGAGCGAGAACCCAAAGUCUACGGCGAAGAAAAGCAAUGCCAAACCUUUUCGAGGUAGAUUUACACGAAUCCGAAAAUAUGAGAGCGAAGGCACAAAUGUCAAGGUCAGGAAGAUGAAAAGCGACCCGAUGAAGGUCAAGAUCAGACGAAUGGCAAUCUUUGAAUAUUUAACACUAAAUAGGCGCAGAGCCGAGCUUUCCAAAUAUCUCGACCUGAAGGGUAGCAAGGAGCUUGUCUCCAAGUUACAAAGCGUGGAGACAAUUCCACCCGGCGAUCGCACAACAAGUCCGAUACCACGGCGGAAAUGCCCGUAA